CACAAAGUCGUGACGUUUUACGACUUCCUGUUUUGAAAACGUAUAAGAGUAACGUCCCCUUUGUUUACAAACAUUUUAGCAGGAAAUGGUCAGCCAAAUAAUUGUUUUAUCUAUUUCUUGAGCAAAAUAAAAUAGAAACUUUAUAAACCAGUGUGACAAACUUAAUCAAGAACAUUCUUUUUUUUGUAAAAUUACCCAAACAAUUUCAUGACAAUGUCAAGGCAGAUGAUGAAACCCUACUGAAACUGGCACUAAACUGCUCGUACAGUAUUAGGGCCCCAGUAUUAUUGCACAAUAUGUGACAAUAGCAUGACAACAGGAUAUAUAAAAGUUCAAACUCUCGUUUUGCAUAUAACUGUACAAUAACUCAAUGAUUUAUGCCAAAUAAUAUUUAGAGGAAAAAUAACUUUUAUUUGAUGUAUCAUUAAAUAGAUGUAUUAAAAUUCCCAUUGUUGGAAAUAGGAGUUUAAAACAAGUUUAGAAUAAUGCCACAUAUAAACAACAAUAAUCAAAAAGGAAGUGAUAGCAGAGAAGCAGAAGAUCGUUAUGCAGGUCGUCUUAGUAAACGGUUGUGCUACAUUCUCCGAUACGGUGCUUUGAAAGAAGGGCUAACUGUCCAUGAUGGAGGUUUUAUUGAUGUGAAAGAGGUCAUGGAAGUAAACAUGAUGCGCCAUCACACAGAGGAGGAAGUUUUAAAGGAAAUUGACACAUCACUUAGUCAUAGAAACACUAAAAGAUUUGAAAGUAAACAGCACAAUGGGAAAACAUUGAUCAGAUCUCUGUUUUGCCGUAACUUUGAGCCUAGCCCAUUUCAUGAAGGAACUAAUGUAACAACAUUACAUCAGUGUUGCAUGGGUUACAUACUGGACAACUUAGAUGAUUAUGACCUAGAAGACUUUCCUGAUGAACAUAUUAUAAGUGCAAUGAUAGCACAACUGAAGAAAAAGAAGAAAUUGAACGUAAAGGCAUUACGUCAGUUGUUGGUACCAGUGUUGGAACAUUUAGACCUCAAUGAUGUCUACUUAACACAGUCUAUACUUAAAACAAUGUGGACUAAUUGCCCUAAUCUAAGAGUUUUAAGUCUAAAGGAUUGUGGGUAUAUUGUCACAGACAAUAUUGUGGAAACAAUACUCAGGAAAUUGACUAAAUUAGAAUCCCUAAAUUUAGCUGCCUGCAAGCACGUAACAAAUAAAUCCUUGGCUGCCAUUUGCAAGUAUGGUAAAAACUUACGUGAACUCAAUUUGAGCUGGAUAAAAACUAUAUCUGAUGGUGCAAUAUUGGAUCUUAUUGUGAACUGUGAGAGCCUUAAACAUUUAGAUAUCUACGAUUUACAUUUGAAAGGAGAAACAAGGGAGUUAGUGAUUGAAGCAGCUCGACAAAGGGAGAUAAAAAUUGUGUUAAAGGGUCUACUGGAGUCAGACCCAGAUGUAACGAUAGAAAAUCCGUCAAUGUUGUUACCAAACUUUGGAAAAACUUGGUAGCUUAGAGUGCAUAAUUUAAAUGAUGUUAAUAUAAUAGCUCGAUCUGGGAUGCUGUAUUCGGCUUGAGUGGAUUUUGCCAGGUCGGGUCUCACAAGGCGCGCAUGUGCCAAGUGUGAUAUCUGUCCUUGCAAAAUCCACAAGUGCCUAAUACAAAAUCCCAGAUCCAGCUACUGUUGUAAUGACCCUUUUAAUAUAUACCUCCACCUUUUUGUUUUUUUAUUUGUAAUCGAACGAAAUCUGAAAUAUUUAUUGACGUUAAAAUAAAACGAAUGAUGUUUUGUGCACGCUAUUUAUAUAACUGUGUCAGCUCAUGCAUAUUAAUGAAAGUAGUCCAGCAACAUACAAUAUGGAAGGUACAAUACGGGAUUUUUGGAAGGUACAAUAUGGGAUUUUUUUUCAGCUUGUUUGUAUUUCCUUGUGAAAUGCAAGCUGCAUUUUUGACAGACUUUAUAUAGGUAUAUUGAAGAAUAAUAUCUGCCUAUAUGUUUAUUGAUAAAGCAGCCUUAGCCCCAUUUAAUACAACAUUUAUUUGUUAUUUUCUGUUGAGUGAAUAUUACAAGAACUUUUAGUACUAGUAGCUCCUGUAUGAGUGUAUGUUAUUGUAAGAAUGUUAUUUAGAAUAUCCAUAUUGUCAAAACAAAAUUAUGUGAAAGUUUAGAGAUUAUUUUGAAUUCUAAAUACAUAUUAUUUCAAUAAGAUAUAAUUAUUUACCUCUUUAAGAUAUGAUUUGUGGAGUGCACAAUCAAGGUCAUUUGUUCUGAGUCAAGGCAAAGAGCUAUAAAAAUAAAGGUUUUAUACUUCUUUGGUCUGAAGGUCACACUUGGAGGUCAGUGGUCACUAUUUUCACUGACCCAACUGUUAAUCGUUUUAAGGCAUGCUGACUCUCCAGAACAAUUUACGGUGGAAAAAUAAUCUGGACCAUCAGUAAUAAAUCAAAUAGUAACAGGAUCUUAUGACAGACAUGCAGUCCUUUAAUACUGAAUACAUUAAACAAACUGAAUAAACUGAUACAAUGCAAGGCUCUGCUGAGUACUGUAAAUCCGGUAUUAUUCGCGAUGUUUUAAUUUUCGCUUUUUUUCGCGAAUUGGGUUCAUCACGAAAUCAUGAAUUUGUGUAAAUAUCCUUCCAUAAAAUACAGACAUAUCCGAAAAUAUCAGUUCAGCAAUGAAUACUAGCCGCCUAUACAUCGAAGUUUAUUGAAUGAAUUUCAAUUCAUUUCACAUUUCAAUACAUUAUGAAUAAUUCAUGUAGAAUAUACUGCUUAAGGUUACAUUUACAUGCACUGGCAGUUUUUAACGGAUCAUCUCCUGGAUGCACUUCGUAUGUGUCAAACAAGCAGAGCGCAUGUUGUACGAGGAGAAGAUCUAUAUCAUCCCUUAUCUUCUCAACAAACCUGAUUUUUUUUACACAUUUUGUUUAGACAACAAUAGGGAUAAGCAGACAAUUUAUCACACCAUUGUAUUAUAUACUUGUACGUUGAUUAUUUAUGAAAUGGCUGUAACAAACAUUUUAUCAGCUAUUAAGUGUAUUAAGAAUAAUCGCCAGUAAAUUGAAUAAAGAAUUUAAAGGCUCAAUUAUUUCAGUCUGUAUGAAUAAAGUAACCGAUUGCUAAAACGAAAUAAGCGUUACGGACCAUGUGUUUGACGAGUCUUUGGCAUGCAUAAAUUCGGUACGGUACUGAAAAAUUGGCAUUGAUAUAAUCACAACUUCCGGAACUGAAAUUUCGCUAACAAGAGAUAAGAACCUUCGCGAAUUUAAAUUUCUGACCCUUCCAUCGCGAAUUCAUAAAUCCGUGAAAUAAUUCAGGGUGUCGGAAUUCGCGAAAUAAAGAUCACACUAAUAUAAAGUGAUUUACAGUAUUUUUGUCAUGUUUUUUCAAGAAGUUUAAUAAAUUAAUUGGGAAAGACACAAAUAUGGGAAUCUUUUCAUCAUAUGUAAGCUUUUUCUCAUGAAACAUCAAAAAAUCUUUUUUCUUUAAGUAUUAGAGACAAAAUCUAUCUGAUAAUGUCAAAAUAUUUUUUUACAGUUUCCUAAAUACUAAAAAUAUAUCAUGGCUUUAUUUCAGUCCCACAAUGUCAAACAUGUGAUAAAUACAGCCUAGCACCAGCUAUUUUACAUUCUUUUGACUUUUUAUGUACAAUAACUAACAAAAGGAAGAACUUCGUGAAUUUAGAAAAAAUUGACCCAGAUCUGUUUGAUAGUGUAGAAUGAUCAAUGUUACUUCAAUAGGGCAUUACUUUAGAAACUGGUGUUUUUCACCUGUGUAGAACCACUGACCAUACACACUAGUUUAGAUAGCUUUUUUCUUGUCUAGUUGCAUUUUGUAAUAGUAAAAUUACGAGAAAUCAUUAAAUUUAAAUCAAGUAUGUUACUGUAUGUAUAGUAUAUAUAUUUUAUAGUAUAUUGUAAAGCACUAAUAAAGUAACAGGAAAAGAACAUUAUUACAUUUCUGUAACCUUUUCCUUUAAUCAUCUAGAAACAUUCUUGGAGAACACUUUACUUCUCCGUAACUUGUACAUUAUACGCUUUUACACAUUUUUCUCACUGGUUGUUAUGCAAUGGUUUCCUUUAUUUGGAAAAUUGAAAGCAUUAAAUUUUUAGUAAUUUUUUGUAUAUAUUUAUUAUUAUAUAAAAUAUUUUAGCUAGAAAUAUAAUAUUUUGUUGAAAAAUCUUUUAAAUUUAAUGUCAUUGUCUUAAUAUGCAUGUUUUAAUGUAUGUUACAUUUCAUCUGUUAUAAUAAAUGAAUGAAAUUGUGUUUUUGAUAUUUGACAUAUUGACACAUUAAUGUUUUUCCUUGUAAGAUCAGUUACCAACUGUCCUGUUCUGACUGUAAGUUCCAGCUGCAAACACAUCUAUUUUUAUUUGUCAUACCAAGGAACCAGGUUUUUAAAUGUUUUUGCAGUUGUUUCCCUUUAAUCAGAAAUUAUUUACAAAGUAUUCCCUGUUAAUAUAAAAAAAACAUUUUGAUGAUAAAAUCGAGUUUUUUUUACCAUAACGGACAUUGUUGAUUUACCAGUACAGUCGUUUGAACUGUGGCACUUUAGUGGAACUUUGUACAUUGUACAUUUCCCAAGUUUAUGUCCUGAUAUGAUACAUGUAUAUUGUUUUGUUCAUGUUGGUUGGUAUAGAUAGAUGCAUGGUCUGUCUUUCAGCCAUGCUUGGUACUAAAGCAGUCUUUUUAGGAAGCUUGCCUGUGAUAAAUCAAUGACUGUAAUUGUGUUAGGGAUGAGUAGGUCAAAGGUUAAGGUCACAGUGACCUCAGGACUGAAAAUAGUUUUUUAUCCUUAACUUAUUAUCAGGUGAGACCCUAUUGUUUUGAAGAUCAGAAGGUGAAAAUCAUAGUUAGCUGAAAAUGGUUUUAACCCAGUAAUUUAGUUUAAACAAUUUUUAUUUCAGUUAAGUAACUCAGUACUUGGAGUAGCCUAAUCUUCCAGGUGCCUUUCUAUCCAAUGGUUAUGGCCGAUGACUUUGAAUCACAUGCCCCUUGCCACUGUUCAUUUGAAAACUUUGCUUAAGGUGAAGAAUUCCUUCAUUUGAGGAAACCAUCUAGCUGCCAGGUGCCUACCUGUGUCUGUAAUAAUUAAUACCUGGAAGGGCACAUAGGGUCUUCCUCCAUCAAAAGCUUUGAUAGUUGCCAUAUGGCCUAUAAUUGUGUCUGUUUAUAACCCAACAAGACAAAACAAAAAUGUCAAACUUCAUAGGGUGAUUGUCUGUGGUUUAGCUAAUGAGGCUUUGUUGUUUUUGGGGUCAGUAGAUCAAAGAUCAAGGUCACAGUGGUCAAGGUGAACUAUUGUGAUACACCCUGUGUCUGUCAUCAUUAAUUUGACUGUAAACAAUGUCACAAUUUUGGCCCAGUCUUAAUGAAACUUGGUCUGAAACUGAUUACUAAAACGCAUGGCAAGAAUACACUGGGCUUUUAUUUGUAUCGAGGGUGCACUUCAAAAAUCAUCUUGUCUGAAACUGAAUUUCACACAAUUUCUCCUUAGCUGACCAUCUACUAAAAUAUUUGGGUCAUAUUUAUUUGUUAAAAACCAUAGCCCCAAUGAAAGUUAAAUAAUUGUUACCGAUUGCCUACCUGCCUGGUGGACGGAUUACACCAAACCGGAAGUGACUACUCAGUGUUACAUGUGAAGUAGUCCAAAAUGUAGUUCCAUGCUAUGGAGAAAUCUGGUAUAAUGAGUGACAUGAGGAGGUGACAGUUAAAUUUUUGGCUUAUGUUUAUUGCUUAUUGUAUUGAGAAUAGAUCUAGACCAUUUUCAUUGUAAAUUUCCUGGAAUAAGUUUUAUUCUUUGUGAAAAAUGUCUACCUACGCGUAAUUGCUAAACGGCUGUUUUCAUGAGGGCACUUUUAGAGGGUGAUGUGUCUCGGAACAGAUUAUUUUUCUUAUAUACAACAUAACAUGUCAAUAUUUUUCUAUUUUUGAUAAGAAGACAUGUUAUACUAAAUGACCAUAUAUGGUUUUCAUAUCAUUGAAAUGCUCUAAAGUGCUGAAAAUGAGGUCUGAAUGUUUUGUUAUUAAUAUGAAAUAAAUAAGGAAUUGAAUUGGUUGAAUGUAACCUAUAUGUUGUGCAGGGGUAAAAAUUGAAACUUGUUUAGAUGUGGCUGUAAAUAGGCUAGUUUGGCCAGAUUAUGAUAGAAAAUGACAAAUUCAGUGCAAUUUAGCAGAGAAAAAGAAGAAAAACUAAAAAUAUUUCAAUAUCACUGUUUUGGGUGUAUUUUUUUCAAAAAAUGCAUAUUUAUUGACUAAAUAUUGGUAAAUUUUAGGUGUCAGGGGUGAGUUUGGGUAUAUUUUACAGUAACUGUGUGUGAUUUGAGUGCAGUUUAUGGUAAAACUUGAUAAAAUAUGGCAAAAAUAAGCCUAAGCAAGGAAAAGUGGUCAAAAAUGAUGUCACGACAGCUUUUUUCCAGGAAAUUUGGGGCGCUAGCAUACAUUACUGAAAAAGCCAUAAAACCUUGAAAAUUGAUUGUAUCAAACUGAAACUGGUAUUUUUUCCAUGCAUUUAGGUUACUGGUACAAUUUAAGUGAAAACACAUUUUGAGUAUGAAAAAUUUACCUUUAAUGGUGCCUGGCAUUAAAAGAAAAUAGGAAUCGGGAAGUAAAGCUAUUCAAUGUAUGAAUGUGUCUCAUAAGCCAAAUUGGCUGGCCCUUUCAGUAGGGGUGACACUAUAAUAAACAAACACUAAUUACUAUAUUCAGGGCUUAUGCAGAUCACUAUGGAAUGCCUAAUCUGACUCCUUUUGAACAUAUUUAUGCCAAAUUGUCUUACACAUUUUAUACAGUACAGUUUAUACAUUUAGGCCUGUACAUUUUGCAAGUUUUUUAAUAUGAACAUUUUUUUAGUUAAUUUGUACUUGUUAUAACUUCUUCUGUACAGUUUGUUAGUUGUUGUGUAUAUUUUGAAAAGUGUUCUUUACAGUGUACAACAUAUUAUGCAUAUUUUACAAAACAUUCUGUGCUUUUUGCAACUUAUUCUGGUCACUGUAUACGUUGUUGUAAGUUAAUGAUGUGCGUAAUAAAACUUAUUAAUAUAUAUUAAUAAGUUUUACAAUGUACAAAUGUUGUUAUCUGUUUAAAGAAAAUAAUAUGGUGAUUUACAAUUUAAA